UUAGAUUUACAUUUUAACCUACGAUUUUUUACUAUAAUGUCAGAUAACGCUUUAUCUACGUCGCCGGCGGCAACCGCUGCGCCAGCGACAGCAUCGCCGAAAAAGGGCAAGACUGCGGCUGUUAAAAAACCGCGAGUGAAGCCGUCCCAUCCUCCUACAUCUGAAAUGGUAAACAACGCUAUUAAAAGUCUGAAAGAACGCGGCGGAUCGUCGCUGCAGGCGAUUAAGAAAUAUAUGUCGGCCAAUUAUAAAAUCGACGCCGAGAAAAUGUCAACGUUCAUUAAAAAGUAUUUAAAGUCAGCUGUUCAAGCGGGCACACUGAUUCAAACAAAAGGCAAAGGUGCUUCGGGUUCGUUCAAACUUGCCGCGAACGCUAAACAGAGCGGCGGCGAAAGCGGUGUUUCGGCUGGAAAAGCCAGGACCGCUAAGACGCCAGCGGCAAAAGCAAAAUCGAAGACAGCAAAGUCGAAGGGCGCCCGCCAACCCUGCUUCGUCCCCUAA